UUGUGUAUCUAUGGUUUGCAGCAUGCACAGAAAUGUUAUUUCCUAUUAAGUAGAUGAGAAACUACUUUCAAUAAAAACAUUUAUUGAUAUGACAAUUAAAUACAACAGAUUUAAAUAAUUAAAGCCACAUUCCUAUAAAUUCACACUUUACGUUUGAUUACGUUUUUUUUAGCUGCUAACACGUAAGUAUAUGUACGUUUUACUGCUAUAAAUACGUUUAAAUAGUACGUUUUUAUGUGCAUGAAAACGUAAGUAAAUGUACGUGUGGUAGAACCACAUUUAACGUAAAAAUACGCACGUAUUCUCAUAAGAUCAGAGUUGCUAAGGAGGAGGAUGUCACCUCACAUCUUCUCUGAAAUAAAACAAUUGCUGAAACAUUAUUACCUUUGGAUUUACAGUAUCUAGCCUACUAUUAGAGAUUUUGAGAACAGUUCUAUUUUGCUCUGGUGUAACUUCUGUGUGUCUUAUUAUCUUCUGUCUUCUCAUCUUUAAUAAACCAGUGGAGAAUCUGGUGCUGGAAAGACUGUGAACACCAAACGUGUCAUCCAGUACUUUGCCACAGUUGCAGUUCAGGGUGAUAAGAAGAAAGAGCAGACUCCCGGCAAAAUGCAGGGCUCUCUUGAAGACCAGAUUAUUGCUGCCAACCCUCUGCUCGAGGCUUAUGGUAAUGCCAAGACUGUGAGAAAUGACCACUCCUCUCGUUUUGGUAAAUUCAUCGGAAUUCACUUCAGUACAUCAGAAAAACUGGCUAGUGCUGACAUUGAGACAUAUCUGCUGGAGAAGUCUAGAGUGACAUUCCAGCUUCCAGAUGAGAGAGGCUACCACAUCUUCUACCAGAUGAUGACCAACCACAAGCCUGAGCUGAUUGAAGUGACGCUCAUCACCACCAACCCCUAUGACUUCCCCAUGUGCAGUCAGGGUCAGAUCACAGUGGUAAGCAUUGAUGAUAAAGAGGAGCUGAUGGCUACUGAUUCUGCUAUUGACAUUCUGGGCUUCAGUAAUGAGGAGAAGAUGGGCAUCUACAAAUUCACUGGAGCUGUGUCCUAUCAUGGUAACAUGAAGUUCAAGCAGAAGCAGCGUGAGGAGCAGGCUGAGCCUGAUGGCACAGAGGGUGAGACUAAAUAAUACCAAUGUUUGUCAUCAUGCAAAAACGAACAUCAAAAAAUUCCCUCCUGUUUUUUUUUUUUUAUAUAUACAUAUGUAUGACAUUUAAAGUGAAGGAAGUAUUGUUUUGACCUAAAUAAAACUAAGUGGCUUAAGAAAAAAAAUAAAAUAAUCAGUUAUUCAAUUUAAACCAUCCAAUACAACAUCCGCUCAUUCAUGAAUGUCAAACACUGGCCAUGGAUGAAAGUUUACUACAAGAUUAAGCCUCUGCUGAAGAGUGCUGAGACUGAGAAGGAGCUGGCAACCAUGAAAGAGGACUUUACAAAAUGCAAAGAAAAUCUUGCCAAGGCUGAAGCCAAAAAGAAGGAGCUU